AUGUUUAUGUUGGAAGAAAGAAUUCUCAUUAAUUCUUUUCUUUUUUCUUUCUUUCUUUUUUCUUCUUUUUUCUUUCUUUCUUCUUCUUUGCCUCUUUAUUUCUUCCCUACUUCUUUUUACUUUCUUGUUCUUUUUUUCUAUUUUCUCCUUUCUCCUCUUUUUUCUUCCUUCUCCUUUCUUCUCCUUCUUUCCUUUCCUUCUCUAUUCAUCUCUCUUCUUUUUCUUUUUUCUUACUUUCUUUUUUCUUCUUCUUUGCCUCUUUAUUUCUUAUUUCUUCCCUACUUCUUUUUACUUUCUUCCUCUUUUCUUCUAUUUUCUCUUUUCUCAUCUUUUUUCUUCCUUCUUCUCCUUUCCUUCUUCUCCUUUCCUUCUCUUCUCUUCUCUUCUCUCCUUUCCUUCUCUUCUCUCCUUUCCUUCUCUUCUCUCCUUUCCUUCUCUUCUCUCCUUUCCUUCUCUUCUCUCCUUUCCUUCUCUUCUCUCCUUUCCUUCUCUUCUCUCCUUUCCUUCUUUUCCUUUCUCUUCUCUCCUUUCCUUCUCUUCUCUCCUUUCCUUCUCUUCUCUCCUUUCCUUCUCUUCUCUCCUUUCCUUCUCUUCUCUCCUUUCCUUCUCUUCUCUCCUUCUCUUCUCUUCUCUCCUUCUCUUCUCUUCUCUCCUUUCCUUCUCUAUUCAUCUCUCUUCUUUUCUUCUCUAUUUUUCUCUUUACUACUUCUCUCUUCCUUCCAUCUCCUCACUGUCCUUUUUUUUCUUUUCAGUCUUUUUCAUAAUUUUUUUUUUAUUGUCUUUAUUAUUUUAUUAUAA